AUGAAACGCAAAUUAAACCAAUCUCACUACCCACCACUGCCCACAAUUUCUUCAAACGACGAUAACAUCCCUCGUUAUAUUGUUAUUUCUGGUUUGGAAAAAAUUGUAAACGGAAAAGACGACGAAACAGAAAAAUUGCGCCCACUUUCAUCGUACAACUUAUUCCAAAUUAAUCGUGGCCUCGAACAUAUAUCUAAAGAAAUCUUAGAGGUUAAAUCCAUGCGGUCCGGUGAUCUAUUAGUGAAAGUUGCGAACUUACAAACUGCGAGUAAAUUCAUGAAGCAAAAUUACAUCGACUCGAUUCCGGUUAAAAUUACACCACACAAUAGUUUAAACUCAGUGCAAGGAAGAAUCUUCUCUCACCACAUCAGAGACAUUUCCGAAGAAGAACUUCUAAGUGAACUGCAACCACAAAAAAUUAUCCAAAUAAAAAAAAUGUUUAAAAAAAUUAAUAAUGAAUUAAUUCCAACGGGCGCAGCAAUCCUUACCUUCGACUUAAUAAGACGUCCCAAUGAAAUCAAACUAGGAUGGCUUAAUUGUAAAGUCGAAGAAUAUAUCGCAAACCCAAUGAGAUGCAUCAUUUGUCAAAAAUUGGGACACACAAAAAAUCGCUGCACAAAUGCCGAAGUAUGCAAAGAAUGCUGCCUUCCCCCGCCACACGAUGAAUGUUCACGCAUUUAUUGCAUCAACUGUCAAGAAGACAGUCAUACAUCGUAUGAUGCCUCAUGUCCAACCUUCCUUCGCCAUAAAUCGGUCAACAAAAUAAAAUCCGACCGCCGCUGCAACCUCCGAGAAGCCUGGGAGAUCUACAGAGACGACCCCGCACAGCAUCAACUUCCCGCGCCAACUAAAAAAACCGAUCCCAAACCAUCAAUGGCAGAGAUCAUCAAAAACAGAAUUCUAAGAGAACAAUCUCCAAAAGAUCAAAAUAAUCUUCCUGAAAACCAGCCAUCAACUUCAAAAUCAUACCAACCUCCUAUCCCAAUACGUUUAAAUUUAAUUUCAACAGAAAAAUCCUUCCCACAAGAUAACAAUACCAUAACUAAACUAAACAGCAACAACCCCACCCUAACUACCCAAACAACCAACAACCAACCAGAACAAGUAAAUAAUCUCUCUAACAAGCCCGCAAUAACUACCCGAACAACAAUCACACCAAAUAACACAGAAACACAAAAUCAACCCCAAAAACAAGAUUCACAUUCAAACACAAAUUCUUCAGCAUCAGAUUCUCCAUUAUCACACGUUACAAAAACACUUCUUAAAGAAAAUAAUUACUAUGUAAACGUAAUGGAUGAUGAUGACCACUAA